CUUACCCUCUCUCUUUCUCUCUCGUUCGCGCGCGCUCAUCUCCAUCAUCCUAUCGCUACUGAGAAAAAAAACCCGCUGGCGCAAAACAGAUGGGAAGGCAUCCGCGGAUUUUGCGACCGUUACUGUGCAGAGAAUAGCCGUCAAAACUUAACGGACACCGAAAAGAAGUUCAUUACUUCUGGACUGAGAACUUGAGGACAUUUCUCGUCUUUUCACGACUGGAAAAGGCAGGGUAGGCCAUGCCAUUCGGCUGUUUGAAACCUGGAGAGAAGAAGGACUACAGCAGUCCAACAGAGAUCACAGACAAAUAUGAUCUGGGCCAGGUUGUUAAAUCGGAGGAGUUCUGUGAGAUCUUCAGGGCAAAGGAUAAGAACACACUGAAAAUGUACACCUGCAAAAAAUUCCUGAAGAAAGAUGGAAGAAAAGUGCGGAAGGCUGCAAAAAACGAGAUUCUCAUCCUAAAGAUGGUGAAACACCCCAACAUCCUCCAGCUGGUCGAUGUCUAUGAGACCCGGAAAGAGUACUAUCUUUUCCUUGAGCUAGCCACAGGUCGGGAGGUAUUUGACUGGAUUCUGGAUCAAGGCUAUUAUUCUGAGAGGGACACUAGCAAUGUUAUCAGACAGGUGAUGGAGGCAGUUGCUUACCUGCACAGCUUGAAGAUCGUUCACAGGAACCUAAAGCUUGAGAAUCUGGUGUAUUACAACCGACUGAAACAUUCGAAAAUAGUCAUCAGUGAUUUCCAUCUGGCAAAACUGGAGGAUGGACUCAUCAAAGAGCCCUGUGGAACCCCAGAGUAUCUGGCCCCAGAGGUUGUUGGGAGACAGAGAUAUGGCCGACCUGUGGACUGCUGGGCCCUUGGUGUGAUCAUGUACAUAUUGCUCUCCGGAAAUCCUCCAUUCUAUGAUGAAACAGAUGAUGAUGACUAUGAAAACCAUGACAAGAACCUCUUCCGGAAGAUUCUAGCUGGAGACUAUGAGUUUGACUCACCAUACUGGGAUGAAAUUUCAGACUCUGCUAAAAACUUAGUGUCACGUCUUAUGGAGGUGGACCAGGAUCAGAGAUUGACUGCACAAGAAGCCAUCAACCAUGAAUGGAUAUCUGGAAAUGCUGCAUCAGACAAGAACAUCAAGGAAAAUGUGUGUGCACAAAUCGAGAAGAACUUUGCUAAAGCUAAGUGGAAGAAAGCUGUACGGGUCACAACCAUGAUGAAGCGUCUCAGGGCACCAGAGCAUCAGACAGCAGAAGCAGCAGCCGUACCAGGUGCACCUAACCCUGCAGCGGGGGCUCAGGAAAACCCUCAAGCUCCAUCGGAGGCCUCCACAGCACCAUCAAGUACCGCUGAAAGCAACUCGAUGAGCACAGAAGCCCCUAAUGUGGAAGCUCCCAGUGCUGAAGCAAUGGCUGCCACCGUCCAGCCACCAGCUGAGCCUGUUCUCCAUGCCCCAGAUCCCGAACGGCCUGAUCCAACAUCACGAUGCAAUGGAGAGGCUUUAUCCCCCCUGCCAUCGGACACAGGGGAGGAACACAGCGGUUAAUCUCGCUACCUCUCUCCCACCUGCGUUUAGAUCCCGUUCAUUAGCAUGCUAAUACUGAUCCCACAGCUCAUAGCAUUAAUCUCAACAUGCUCUAUCAUGAGCCGACUUCUAAAACCUUUCCCAUCAAGCAUCUGUUUUCUAUUGAAUCGCAAGCUGUGUGACAUGUAUCGAAGGCUCUGGCUACUUUAACUUUGCAUAAAAGAAGAAAAAAGCUGUUUUCUGCUUACAUUAAGCCGAGAUUGAAAACUUCAGCACUGAUCUGCAUACUUGUUUUAGGUUAGAUUAUCAAAGCAGGCCUCAUUUUAUAAAGUAACUUUUUUUUUUUUUGCAUUGUGGUUAGUUAACGUCUGUCUUGAGCAGGAAGUCAGGGGAGCAUAGAUACACAGCUUCAUGUGCAAUGUAAAGUUUCUGUAAAUAGCUUCCUAACCUCUGUAGAUUAGACGUAGCCAAGAACAGUAUGCUUUUUCAAAUCUGCUGUUUAUGACACUUCAGCUUCAGCUUUAUGUGGACAUUUCAUGUCUUGAUCAAACACACACUCAUGCAAUGCUGCCAUCAGUUUAUAUGAAAAAUACUUCAGCAGCAACUAAGGCGGCUAAAUUCAUCUUGUUAUGGCAUUUGAAUGGUUGAGACAUGUGGCCCAAUAAAUGGAGCAGAGUAGGUAAACUUAAGAAAUACCUCAAAUCUGCUUGGUAGCUAGCCACAUGAACAGUGGAAAAACGAAUUUGUUCUCAUAAUGUAUUAUAUACUCAUUCCCAUACACUGUACAUGUUUUGAGUAAUAUACCUGUCCAUUUUAAAAGUACAAAGCCAUGCACAGUGAAAUUAGUUUUCAAUAUGAUUUCAUCUGAAGCAUAGAUGUACAUAGAUAAGUUACAGUGGUUAUACUUUGAGACUCUUUCAUUGGGUUGAAUAUUUACUCAGUCAUUAUAUAUAGAUAUAUUUUCUUGGUAUCUCCCUCUAUUAAUCUAUAAUGCAAUUUGAAUAUAUUCUGAGACAUUUCAUAGACUUAAACAUAAAAUUGUACAAAUAUAAAUUAUAGAUUUUCUUUUUAGAUUAAUCCAGAUUUUUUUGAAUUGCAAAUAUGUAACAAGUAUCAGAUAUUUACUUAAUCCUGUUAAGUCACUUUUAUUUAAAACUCUUAUACAAAACAGAUUAUGUCAAAUUAUUAUAUCAUUUAUCCAGCCCCCCCCCCAUACAAAUUUUCAAAAUACAGGCACAAAAAUUCAGAUUACAAUAACAAAGUUCUCAUUUAGUAAUCCAUAAGUACUACAGGAAAUAAUUUUUAUUUUUGCACUUUCGGUUUCAUCAUUGUGAAGUCAAUGACUUCUUGAAUGGACCUUGAUUAAAUGCCUGAAAUAAGAUCUAAUAUUUUAAGAUUUUAAAACAUCAAGCCAAACGGGAAAAUUUACUAAUCUGCUUUUACAACUUUUGUGUUUAUACUCACAUUCUUGCAAACUAUUCUAACUCAAAAAUUUCACAUUUUAAAGAUUUAGACUUUUAGACUGAAAAAAAAGUGUGACCUCUGUGUCGUUUGUUUAUAGCCUUACUUUAUACUUCAGGGGUGUAUUCCAGAAAGCACGGUUAACUUACCGUCAGCUAAACCCUCCAUUGGUUGAUAAACACCAAACCAUGCGUACUCAAGGCAUGUGGUUCCAAAAACACGUCCAGGAGCAAGUUCAUUAAACUCAGAGUAUGUUCCUGAUUAAGACUCAAGACAUUCUCAACAGAGCGACAAAUCGACGAGUCACUAUGGAAAAGGACACUAAGAAAAAGUGCGCUGUGCUGUUUCUUUCUUCUUCUUUUGUUCAAUGGUCGUUUAUAUCCGAUUUUGGAACCAAAAGCUGAGGUUAUCCGCUCGCGUAUCCUCAAAGAUACCUGGGUAUGUCACAUAACCUGCUUUUUGUAAUACCCCCAGGUGAAUGUAUUUAGGUUUCAAAAUUAACAAAACAUUUGUUUAUUUGUGAUUAUCUUGAUUAAAAUGUGUAAGAAUCAUAAA